AUGGCCAUCGACAAGACCAUCUCAAUUCUGGGCCUAGGUGGAAUGGGCUCAGCCAUUGCACGAGCUUAUACAAAGGCUGGAUAUAAAACAAUUGUCUGGAAUCGUUCUCCAGCCAAGGCUCAUGCCCUGGUUGCCGAUGCCGCUGUCCCUGUUGCCUCAGCGACAGAAUGCAUUCGUGCCAGCCCCCUGGUUAUUACCUGUCUGCUCAAUGUUGAAGCUUUUCAAGAUGUUCUAAACAAGGCCGAUCAAGGUGCCGGCGUCGGCCGCAUCUUGAUAGACUAUACAUCCGCAAGUCCAGAUGACAUAACAAACUCCCAAGCCACAGCCUUGAAGCACUCCUUCUCGACGUACAUUCGCGGCGCAAUAGAAACCUACCCAGCCUACGUUGGCAUGCCCGAGUCCCUGUUCUACUAUAGCGGUGAUCAAAAGAUAUUUGCCUCGAUCGAAGAGACUCUGAAGAUCCUCGGUAUGGCUGUGUACCUUGGAGAGGAUGUCCUUUUCGCUACUCUUCAGGAAUGCACCCUUGGGAUCUUCUUCUUUGGCUUCUCUCAGGCUUUUUUGCAGACCAUGGCGUUUUAUAAUUCCACUAAAAUGUACAUGCCGGGGGGCGCACAGCGCCUCCUGAAAGAAACAUUGCUCCCAAUAUUCAUGCAAGACUACUCACGGUUGUAUGGAGAACUGGCUAGGCAGAUUGAUGAGAAAGACUACGUUAGCCAGGCAUCAGAUGGGGCUCCCUUGUCAGUUCUUCAGGAUACGCUUGGAUGCUUGAUCCAAACGAGUGAGAAACUCGGUAUUUCUAGCAAUGCCCUCCAUCCAAUGUACGAACUCGUGCAGGCCAGGAUAUCGCAAGGCGGUGCGGCAGAGGAAAUGAGUAGUUUGGUAGAGACUAUCACCACUCGCUCGAGAUCCGACCUCUUGUGA